GCUCAAGCUUCAAUUGCAUCUGAAAUGUCACAAAAAAUGUGAACAUGAAAAACUCUGUCUAACUAUUGUGUGUCAAUCAAGUGGAAGAGCUAUUAAAGUGUCAACUGCAGCUGGCUAUAAAGAGGCUGUGGCAUGCAACGUGUGCCAAACAGUUGCUAGAGAUGCGUCUAUUGCUGCUCAUUUUGCUUAGCUUUGGCUGUGGCACGCUGAGCUUAAAGUGUCGCUCCCAGGAUGGCGGCAGCGAGGAGGAGAUGAAAAGGACAGUGCGUAGUUGCAUGCAACGUGGCAGCCAAAGUCAGAACGAAGGCGAACGUCGCUAUGACAAUCAGCGCUACAAUUUCGAUGGUUCCUAUGACCAGGAUUACAGACAAGGACAAGAGGGACUAGGACAGCAAGGACAAACCUAUGGCAAUCGCUGGCAACGCAGCGUGAAACACAACGAGCACAACAACAGCAAUAACAGAGGGAACAACAAUACGAUGGAAGGAGAGAUGGGUGCCUGUGUGGCACAGUGUUUCUUCGAGGAGUUGAACAUGGUUGAUGCCAAUGGACAGCCGGAUCGCCGCAAGGUCAGUUACUUGCUGACCAAGGAUCUCCGGGAUCGCAACCUACGCAACUUCUACAUGGACACGGUGCAGCAAUGCUUUCGCUAUCUGGAUCAAUCUCGCUACAAUAAUAAUAAUAAGUGCAGCCAAGCUCGUGAGCUGAUCAAGUGCAUGUCGGAGUACGCGAAGGCGCAGUGCGAUGACUGGGAGGAACACAGCAGUCUACUCUUUAACUAAAACUUACUCCACUC